CAAGAACAAUCUACAUUAGGUCAGUGGCUGGCUGGGUGGCUCCUGUUCUGAUUCUGAAUUUGUUUCUUCAAUGGCUACUUUCUUUUCAUCUCCACCUUUUCUAUCUCACCCCAUUACAAGAAUUCAUCACUUCUCUUCAUCUUCACAAUCACCGCCACCACCAAAUACUCCGCCGCAACCUCCAAACCCACCUCCACGUACAGCCUUGUCACAGGAGCAGCAGCCUCCAGGGUCCCUGAAAGUGGAGCAACGAAAGCCCAGCAAACCUGCCACUGCUACAACCCCCGAGUCGACGGACUGGAUAGCUUCCACCUUAACCAGGCGGUUCGGACUUGGUGCUGGCCUUGCAUGGGCUGGUUUCCUCGCUGUUGGCGUGCUCUCUGAGCAGAUCAAAACCCGCCUUGAAGUCUCCCAGCAAGAAGCCAACACUAGAGAUGUAGAGAAGGAAGAAGAGGUGGUUUUGCCUAAUGGCAUCAGGUAUUAUGAGAUGAGAGUUGGGGGCGGUGCUUCUCCGAGGCCGGGAGACUUGGUUGUGAUUGAUCUUAAGGGGAAUGUUGAAGGCAGUGGAGAAGUGUUCGUCGACACAUUUGGUGGAGACAAGAAACCAUUGGCCCUGGUUAUGGGUUCAAGACCAUACACUAAGGGGAUGUGUGAAGGGAUAGAAUAUGUCUUGAGGUCUAUGAAGGCUGGUGGGAAAAGGAGAGUGGUCAUUCCUCCUAGUAUGGGAUUUGGAGAGAAGGGUGCAGACUUAGGCUCAGGUGUGCAGAUACCCCCAUUUUCAACCUUGGAAUAUACUGUGGAAGUUGAUAAAGUUUCCAUAGCACCAGCCUGAAAUUGAAGGUUUUUAGUCAUUUGGAAUGAUAGGAAACUUAUCUAUAAACAUAUGCUUCAAAAAAUCUUCAUCAAUGGCAUCGAUGAUCAACUUAUACACAGUAGCUAAUACCUUGUAGAAACAUUGAUGAUUUUGGACUAUUGAUUCAUUCGGUUAUCAAGGUGUUAGAACAUUACAGACUGGAGUAGGGAAACAUUAAGGCUCUGUUUGUUUGGAUCGUUGGUGUAAAUGGAAAUGGUUUCAUUUCCACUCCAAUUCUGCAAGAGUAUAAAUGAUGUAAAUCACACAGACGAGUGAGUAGAAAUGUAGAACAAAUACCAUCCAGACCAUAACAUGAAUAAGAAAAGCAGCAGGAUGCAAUUAGCUGCAUCCAGAUUUCCCAA